AUGUCUGUGAUCUUAGCAACGGGCUCGUACGAUCAUGAUAUACGAUUCUGGGAAGCCUGGAGUGGUAUUUGCUCCAGAACGAUCGCGCGGAAAGAGGAGUCAGGACAAGUGAAUCGUUUAGCAAUAUCUCCGGAUAAGCGUCUGCUGGCCGCAGCGAUUCAUAAGAAGAUCAACAUCUACGAGGUAUCCAGCACGUCUUCCACCCCCCUCAUCACCUUUGAAGGACACACCAUGAAUAUUACUUCGGUGUCUUUCCACAGUGAAGGCAAGUGGCUGGUUACUGGAAGUGAAGACGGAACAAUCAAGAUCUGGGAUCUUCGGUAUAUUUGGAGGAGUGCCCAUCUCCACAGGAACUACGACAACGAGGCGCCUGUCAACGACGUAGUGGUCCAUCCAAACCAGGGAGAACUCAUUUCGUGUGACCAGGCCGGACGAAUCAAACAAUGGGACCUCUCGGAGAACAUCUGUACCCACGAACUGACCCCAGCUGGUGAUACCCCUAUGCGUUCUAUCAGCCUUGCGUCGGAUGGAUCCUGCCUCGUUGCGGGAAAUUACAAGGCACAGGGCAAGUGUUACGUUUGGAAGAUUAAUGAGGAACGUUCAGAACUGCCUCGGUUUCAAGCUGUCACAAAGUUCCAGGCGCAUAACAAAUACUUGACAAGGUGUCUUCUGAGCCCUGACGUGAAAUACUUGGCCACGUGUUCAGCGGAUACGACAGUCAAGAUAUGGUCCCUGACACCGUCAUAUGAAUUCAGGCUUGAGAAGGUUCUUCAGGGACAUCAACGAUGGGUCUGGGACUGUGCGUUCAGUGCGGACUCAGCGUACCUCGUUACAGCGUCAUCAGAUCACACAGCGCGUCUGUGGGAAAUGGCCUCUGGCGAGACUGUUCGCCAGUACAAUGGGCACCAUAAAGCGACAAUAUGUUGCGCUUUACACGACGGCGCUGGCUAG